AUGGAUGAUCUUCUACGUCGCAUGGAACAGUACGCCAACAACUUGGAGUCUCUAGUGGAGGAGAAGACAGAGCAAUUAUCAAUGGAGAAGCGGCGAUCAGAGGAACUGCUCUACCAAGUAUUGCCCAGGCCGGUGGCUCAACAGCUAAUGGCUGGAGAAGUUGUCCAGCCGGAGAGCUUCGAGUGUGUGACUGUGUACUUCAGUGAUAUUGUUGGCUUCACCGAGCUGUGCGCUGCCUCCACACCCAUGCAGGUCGUCGACCUCCUCAAUGACCUCUACAGCACUUUUGAUAGGAUCAUCGGAUACUAUGACGUGUAUAAGGUGGAGACAAUAGGCGACGCGUACAUGGUGGUGUCAGGUCUGCCGAAGCGCAACGGCGACAUGCACGCGCGCGAGAUCUGCCUCAUGGCGCUCGCGGUCGUCGAGGCUGUGCGCACCUUUGCUGUCAGGCAUCGCCCCUCACAUCGCUUAGAAGUGCGAGUCGGAGUACACUCUGGACCAGUGUGCGCGGGCGUGGUGGGCGUCAAGAUGCCACACUACUGCCUGUUCGGGGACACCGUUAACACGGCCAGCCGCAUGGAGUCUACUGGACAACCUUUGAGGAUUCACUUGAGCGAGAGUACGCGGGCGUUGCUAGAGCAGUGGGGCACGUUCACCGUGGAGCGGCGCGGCGAGGUGGAGCUGAAGGGACGCGGGCGCAUGUUGACACACUGGCUGCUGCGCUGCUCGGAGCCGGCGCCGCACCAG